UCCUAGGAAUUUAAAGGAGCCGGGAGCUGUUCAGGGAGCUCAGAGCUGAGAUUCAGCCAGGAGCCUGCAACUUCGGAGAAAGGCAUUGGAGGGAUCCAGGAGAGGAGAGGACUUGAAGGAAAUCAAAAAAAGGAAGAAUGAAAAUGAUGGGCGAAUUCUUUGGUUUUUUGCUGCUGUGUGGAAUAGUUUCUCUCUCCAGUCAGAGCCCUCACAACCGAUCCAGGCGAGGAGCUAGAUCUCAAACAGCUAUCUGCACAGAUGAAAAAACCCAGAUGAUUUACCACCAAAAGCAAUCAUGGCUGCGUCCUGGGCUCAGAAGUAACCGGGUAGAAUUUUGCAGGUGUGACAGUGGCUACACUCGGUGUCACAGCGUACCUGUGCAAAGUUGCAGUGAACCAAGGUGCUUCAAUGGGGGCACUUGCAAGCAGGCCUUGUAUUCCUCACAUUUUAUCUGCCAGUGUCCCAGAGGUUUUUCUGGAAAACAAUGUGAAAUAGAUAAUAAAGUGCUGUGCUAUGAAGACUUGGGCCUCACCUACAGGGGGACAUGGAGCACUAGUGAGAGUGGGGCUGAGUGUGUAAACUGGAACAAGAGUGUGUUGAACUCCAGACAAUACAAUGGGCGGAGACCAGACGCUCUCAGGCUGGGACUUGGGAACCACAACUACUGCAGGAACCCAGACAAAGACUCCAAGCCCUGGUGUUACAUCUUCAAGAAUGGCUAUUACAUCUGGGAGUACUGUAGCAUCCCGUCCUGCUCAAAGAGUUCCACUGAAGACUGCUAUUUCGAAAGAGGUAUAUACUACAGGGGAUCUCAGCGCAAAACUGAAUCAGGGACUUCCUGCCUAAGGUGGAAUUCUCCACGUGUAAAAGGCAAAAUGUACACAGCAUGGAGGAAGGAUGCACGGGACUUGGGCCUGGGCAAUCAUAAUUUUUGCCGGAAUCCUGACAAUGACAUCAAACCCUGGUGCCACGUGCUAGAGGGUGGUCAGCUAACAUGGGAAUACUGCGACAUAUCCAAAUGCUCUAAUUGUGGCUUGCGGCAGCGUAAAGAAAGCCAGUUUCGAAUUAAAGGAGGCCUCUAUACUGACAUCACCUCUCAUCCUUGGCAAGCUGCCAUUGUGGCCAUGAACCGGAGAUCCCCUGGGACAACACGUUUUCUGUGUGGAGGAAUACUGAUUGACUCUUGCUGGGUUCUCUCUGCAGCCCAUUGCUUUGAGGAGAGUUUGAAAGCUCAUGAACUUAAGGUGAUUCUAGGCAGGACCUACCGGGAGAAGAAAGAAGAAAAUGAACAAGAGUUUGAAGUGGAAAAAUACAUUAUCCAUGAAAAUUUUGUUUUAGAGACUUUUGACAAUGAUAUUGCCCUCUUGCAGCUAAGACCUAAAUCUGACUCACUACAGUGUGCCGAGGAAACCAACUCCGUUCGGAAAGUCUGCCUUCCUGAUGCAGGCCUGGAAAUGCCUGACUGGACAGAAUGUGAGCUCUCUGGCUAUGGCAAACAUGAGGAGACUUCUCCUUACUACUCUGAAAGACUAAAGGAGGGCCACGUUCGUCUGUACCCUUCCAGCCGCUGUACAUCGCGCCACAUGUUUAAUAGAACGAUCACAAAGAACAUGCUCUGUGCUGGUGACACGAGAAGUGGGGGGACAGAAGCAAACCUACAUGACGCUUGCCAGGGCGAUUCGGGGGGUCCGCUUGUGUGCAUGAAGAACGACCGCAUGCAUCUUAUUGGGAUCGUCAGCUGGGGCAUAGGAUGUGGAGAGAAGGACGUUCCAGGUGUAUACACCAAGGUUAUCAAUUACCUCAAGUGGAUCGAGGACAAGAGGAGGCUCUGAAUAGCAAAAAACCAAUCGUCCUCAUCAUCUAAUGGUCUCCCUCUACUUCGCUCUCAGACGAAGCACUGAAGAGACAGAGUUGUAAUUUGUUUUUGUUUUUAAUCAGAUUUCUCCAUAAACUGUCGUACAGUGAAAAUGAGAGAAGAGGGAGAAGGAGUGAGCAUAUAUUUUCUAAGGUACUUUUCCACUUUGGAAGUUAUCAGGAGUUAAGGUUUGGUUUUUAUUUGCACUCUGUCAGGUGGAAACAGAGAAAAAACAGCAAUCACCCUGGGGAAAUCCCACCUUAGGACAGACAGACAAGCAGACCAGAAGACAGGGAGAAGAGAAAAAGCCAAGUGUGAGGUUAGAAAAAUGGGACCAUCAAGAUAAAACGAUGUUGCCACAGUAAGAAAUAAAGAAAUUAAUGAAAAAUGCGAUGUCCUUGGUUAAGAGUGUGUGCCAGGGCAUCCAGGGAAUGCUCCAUUGGGACGUUAGGAAUCAGUGACAGACUGGUUGGCCAGUAUAGGGUUCUGGUAUUCCCACAUACUGAAGAUCCCUCCAAACAAAACCAUUGUUCCAUAGUUUCUUUUCCCCAUUUGACAACUCCUAAACGAUAUUCCUGGCUUCUGGGUACAGUGUAAAUCUUUUCAUGUGUUAGUAUUUUUUAAUCUGCUUUGUUUAGUUGGGCAGAAUUUGUAUCAUCUUUGUGACCCAUCUCUUCAACAUAUUUAUAGUUAUCUAUAUUUUUGUUUGUAUUCGUUACAGACACCACUCUGUACCAUAUUUCUUCAAUAUAAUAAAAAGAUAUGUUUUCCACA